AUUGAUGUAGAAAAUGUCCACCGCAGUUCCUCGGCAAUCAAUCGGGUUUGGGACUGCAAAACAGAGCCCGUCCAUGAAUUCCUGUUCACUAUGGGGCUCACACCGACGGGAAAGUAUAACAAGAGGCAACUUCAGAUCGUCAUCAUCAAUAGUCUCUUGAUUGUCCUCUCCGUGACUGCAGUUCUUUUCCGGGUCUGGGCCCGGAAGCUCCAGGGCCUGAACCUCUUCAUAGAAGACUAUCUCAGUUUUGUUGCUUUGGUUAGGGAGCGCGUCCCUUAACUGUUAGAGCGCCUGGACUGACUCGUCGAUUGAUCGAUCCCUAGACAUUGUCUCUUGCCG